AUGAUCUUUAGGAAUCCUCAGUCUCAGAAACACUUGACUGGUUUCGUGCGGCUGAGGAACCGGAGAGGGAAUCGACUCGCCGUCAUUCUGCUGCGGAUAACACGACGGGAUUUCGGCUUCUGCCUCUUUCUAUUCUGUCUGGGAUCUGUGUUAUAUCAGCUCCGCGGAGGAGCACCACAGAUACUCAUCAAUGUCAGAUAUUAUCUCGGGAGAUUUGCUGAUGGAAGUGAUUCAUUUCCACCCAGAGUUUUACCUUUCCCAAGUCAGGUUGUCUACAACAGAGUUGGUAAGUGUGGAAGUCGCACAAUGGUGUUGUUGUUGCGUCUCUUGGCGGACAGACAUCAGUUCACGCUCAUCUCCUCUGAUAUUCACAACAAGACCCGACUGAGCAAACGUGAGCAGGCAAAUCUGGUUCGAAACAUCAGCAGCACAGCUCCUCUGCCUUUUCUCUACACCCGACAUGUGCAUUUUCUCAAUUUUAGCAGGUUUGGAACAGAUGAGCCCGUGUACAUCAACAUCAUCAGAGAUCCCAUCAGUCGAUUCUUAUCCAAUUAUUUCUUCCGGCGGUUUGGUGACUGGAGAGGUGAAGAAAAUCAUGUCGUCCGCACGCCUGGGAUGAGAGAUGAUGAAAGAUAUUUAGACAUUAACAAGUGCAUCUUGGAAAACUACCCAGAAUGCUCCAAUCCCAAACUGUUUUACAUCAUCCCAUUUUUCUGUGGGCAGCAUCCUCAAUGCAGAGAACCGAGCGAGUGGGCUUUGGAGACAGCUAAGCAGAACGUACUGGAACAUUAUCUACUGGUGGGGCUCUUGGAGGAACUUGAGGAUGUCCUGCUUCUGCUGGAGAGACUGCUUCCACAUUUCUUCUCUGAUGUCUUCAAAAUCUACAGAAGUCCAGAUUACAGAAAAUUGGGCAACCAGACGGUCACCGUCCGUAAACAGACUCCUAAUCUAAAGGCGCUGAAGGUGCUUUAUCAGCGAAUGGCAUAUGAGUACAAAUUUUACAACUUUAUUAAAGCUCAGUUUCACCUGACCAAGAGAAAGAUCGGUCUGAGAACAAACCCACGGUCCUCCAGAUGUUCUUCUAGUGUACUUCAGAGAAUGGAGCUACUAGAAAGACUGGAGGAGGAAGAGGAAAUUUACUCCCCUGGGUGGAGCAACCCUGAUACCCUGUCCUGA